GCUGCCUCGGGGGCCAUACCAGGACUGACCUUGGGAAAGCUCAGAAGAUGCAUCUUGCCGAUCUCCUGCCCUUCCUUCUGGCCGGACUGUUGGUCCUUUGUCAUGGUCAAGUGAACCCUGAGCGCUAUCGCCAGGAUCAUACGGGCAUCCCCCAUCAGGAGGCUUCAAGCACAGGUGAGGGCUCCCCCAGCCUCAAGAUUGCCCCAGGCAAUACAGCCUUUGCUCUCCAUUUCUACCACCUGAUGGCUUCCCAAAGUCCUGGGAGCAACAUCUUCUUCUCCCCACUGAGCAUCUCUGCCUCCUAUGCCAUGCUGUCCCUGGGGGCCCGCUCCCACAGCCAGACCCAGAUCCUUGAGGGUCUGGGCUUCAACCUUACGGAGCUGUCUGAGCAGGACAUCCACCGGGGCUUCCAGCACCUCCUGCACACUCUUCACCUCCCGGGCAACGGGCUGGAGAUGCACAUGGGCAACGCCCUGUUCCUGAGCCAGGACCUGCCGAUCCUUCCGGGAUUUCUUAAUGACAGCAUGGCCUUCUAUGAAUCCAAACUCUUCCUCACUGACUUCCACAAUUCUGUGGGUACGACCCAGCUCAUCAAUGACCACGUCAAAGAGGAAACUCAAGGAAAGAUUGUGGAUUUGGUCAGCCACCUGAGCACGGACAUCACAAUGGUGCUGGUGAAUUACAUUUACUUCAAAGCUCUGUGGGAGAAACCAUUUGUUCCCUCGAUGACCACUACCCAAGACUUCCACGUCGAUGAGAAUACUGUCGUCAAGGUACCUAUGAUGCUGCAGGACACACAGCAUCACUGGUAUCUUCAUGACCGAUUCUUGCCCUGCUCGGUGCUGCGGAUGGAUUACCAAGGAAACAUGGUGGCCUUUUUCAUCCUUCCGGACCAAGGGAAAAUGGCUCAUGUGGAGGAGGUCUUGACUCCAGAGAUGCUAACAAGGUGGAACAACUUGCUUCAGAAGAGGUAUUUUUAUAAGAAGCUUGAGCUACAUUUCCCCAAGUUCUCCAUUUCUGGCUCCUAUCAGUUAGAUCAGAUUUUGCCGAAGAUGGGCUUCAUGGACCUGUUCUCAAAGGAGGUUGACCUCUCUGGCAUCACUGAAGAGCAGAGACUGCAGGUGUCCAAGAGUUUUCACAAAGCCAUUCUGGAGGUGGAUGAGGUUGGCACCCAGGCAGCAGCGGCCACUGGCAGCUUUGUGACCUUUCUGUCUGCCCGGCACAAUCGCAGAGUCCUUCGGUUCAACCGGCCCUUCCUCGUGGUGAUCUUUUCCACCAAUACCCAGAGCAUCGUCUUCCUGGGCAAGGUUGUCAACCCCACGAAACCAUAG